AUGGCUUCUCCUAAAUUCUUUCUUCUUCUUGUUUUUGGUGCUCUGGUUUGUACAUCCUCGGCUCGGAAACUGAGUUCCAAUGGCUCGAAGGGGACUCUUCGGGAUGAGAAGAACUUCUACUCUGGUGUGCUUGGUGGUGGUGGAUUCGGCGGCGGUGGUGGCGGUGGGUUAGGAGGUGGUGUUGGUGGCGGUUCUGGAUUGGGAGGUGGUUUUGGUGGGGGUUCUGGAUUAGGAGGUGGUGGAGGGUUUGGUGGAGGAGGUGGUGGUGGAUUGGGAGGCGGGUCUGGAUUUGGAGGAGGAGCAGGUGGUGGUGUUGGAGGUGGUUCUGGGAUUGGAGGGUUAAGUGGUGGCGGCGGUGGCGGUGGCGGUGGCGGUGGUGGUGGACUUGGAGGUGGUUCUGGUGGAGGAUUUGGUGCUGGUUCCGGUGGAGGUUUUGGUGGUGGAUUGCCUUGA